AUGGCUCUUACUCCGGCCCUGAAGGCAAAUAUCCAGGGAGACAUUUGGCCCGGACUCCCCAAAAGAUUUCAAAGCUUUCUUUUUUUCCGUAUUAGAAACCAAGUUGAUUUCAAAAACCGACUCAAAAUAUUCACCAAUAGGAUCACCACCGCUGAAGAUGCAUGUCAAAUGAGCAAGAUAAUCAAGGCGGCAAAGAAAGAGGCUGAACAGGCAAAGAAAUCGGCCAGACUGCAAGCCUUGCCAGGAAUCAACAUUGCAUUUACCUCAACCGGCCUUGAAGCUCUUGGUGCGUUUAUACAUCCCAGAGACCAGGAGAUGGUAAAAAGGAACAGAAAGCUAUCUCCAAUAUUCCGGGAGAAACAGCUCCGCGGUGGACUCUUUGAAAAGGGAAUGUUCAGUGAUCUCGUGGGAGAGGGAUGGGACAACCCCCAGGAACUUCGAAAGGAAUACCAGCCCACCAGCGAUCAGGAGAGGCUCAUUGAUGGAGUGAUCAUGGUGACCUCGAGCCUGAAGUCUGAUUUGGAUUCGAAGAUCAGCGAAGUGAAGCAACAUUUCCUGGCCGAGGAGGGGGAACCUCUCAACCCAGACACCUAUGUCAUAAGCAAGGACCCCUCUAUAGAGUUGACCCUCAUCAGAGAAGGAAAGGUCCGCCCGGGUCUUAAUAAAGGAAAAGAGCACUUUGGGUUCAAGGAUGGAAUCAGUCAGCCUAUUAUCGAGGGCUGGGAUGAAAAGCAACCCGAGGGCAGGGAGCCAAGAGCCACGAAACCGGGAAUGAUCCUCUGCGGGCACGAGGGCGCCGGGACCCAACCGACUUGGGCGAAAGACGGCAGCUUCCUUGUUUUCCGUGACCUGCAGCAACUAGUUCCUGAGUUCGAUACGUUCAUGGAGGAAAAUGCCCACCUCGCCCCUUUUACUCAGACCCACCCCAGACCAGGCGAGAAGCUUGCGGCAUAUUUGAUGGGACGAUGGAAGAAUGGAACACCGGUGGAUGAAUCUCCUCACAACGACUCUGACUCAGGCCUCUUCUCAUCAAACAACUUCGAUUAUCACCCCACUAAUGAGCACAAAAAAUGUCCUUUUGCUGCCCACACUCGUAAGAUGAGACCCCGAGCUGACUUGAAUCAUGACCAUGCCGUCAUUAUGCGUCGCGGCAUUCCGUAUGGCGAAGAAGUCACAGCUGAAGAAGCCACCGAACGGAAGUCGGCUGAAGAAAAGGAACGUGGGCUUCUGUUUGUCUGCUACCAGAGCGACAUCCGGAACGGAUUCAACUUCCUGACUACCCGCUGGGCAAGCAACCAUGAGUUCCCAGACCGCAAGACAGAGUUUGUUGGUGAACACGGUCCGGGUAUUGAUGCCAUCGUGGGUCAGAGACUAGACCAUCACCCACCUCGCUCUAUCGGUCUUCCCGAUGACAAUGAAGCUUCCAGGAACCGUAUGCCGCUGGAAAGCUGGGUCAUUCAAAAGGGAGGAGACUACUUCUUUGCGCCCUCUAUCUCGGCGUUGAAGAAUGAGCUCACAGGUCCUGGAAUCUUUGAUCAAGCGGAACUGGAGCGUCUUCGUGAGGAGAAUGACUAA